AACCGGUCGCACAUUAGCCGGUCACAUUAGCUGGUCACAUUAGCCGGUCGCAACAUCAACCGGUCGCUUAAACCGGUCGCACAUUAGCUGGUCGUUCAUUAGCCGAUCGCAUUAGCCGGUCACAGUAGCCGGUUGCCGGUCAGUAGCGACUGCACAAAGUGUCGAACUGCUGAAACGACGCAUAUCACCACCCAGUGUUGAGGAGGAGGACACGUUCCUGUCAGUUAUUAGAUUUUCUCAGUUGCAUGUAAACUGGGACAAGGACAGAAGUCCUAUUAGACGCCAAUAUCGAUUUUUAAGCAUAGCUCGAUUAAACUGCAUGUAAAUGCACUGACUGUGUCCGUGUGGAGAGAGGUCAGAGGUCAGAAGAGAACCUUUGUGUUUACAUGCAGAUGAGGUGUUUGUGCUGCUUCUUACCGUGGACAGAUAUAAAGGCUGUCCUAAUUAUCAGUGUCAGUAUAGUGAGCUCAGGUCUGUAAGCCUCUUACAGUAAUACACCUUCUGCUGAGCUCACACUGCUUCUUCUCCGCUCCAAACACAUCAUUCACUGGUUACCUGUUUCUUCUCCAGGAGAGGACGGUGAGGCUUGGGCGACAUGCUGGGGGGAGAUCUGGUGGCGGUGUGGGACGUGGCGCUGAGCGAUGGAGUUCACAGGAUCGAGUUUGCUCACGGCACCACCACCGGGAAACGUAUCGUGUCUGUCAACGGACAGGAAGCGGUCAGAAGAGACUGGAUGUUCAAGCUGGUCGGAAAGGAAACUUUCACGGUGGGAAGCUCCAACACCAGAGCGACUAUCGUCAUCGAGGCCAUCAGCGGCUUCGCCUACGAGUACACGCUGGAGGUUGAUGGCAAGAGUCUGCAGAAAUUCAUCGACAACAGAGCCAAGACGUCCAAAACAUGGUUGCUCAAAGUGGACGGAGAGGACUGCAGGGUCGUCCUGGAAAAAGACACAAUGGACAUUUGGUGCAACGGACAGAAGAUGGAGACGAUGGGAGAGUUCGUGGAUGACGGCACAGAGACACACUUCACACUGGGGGAACAUGAGUGCUGCAUCAAGGCGGCGGCGAGCGGUGGGAAGAAAAAGAGCGGCAUUGUGCACUAUUUACUGCUGGACGGAGAGAAAAUACCAGUUUCAACACAAUAAGACUGCUGCAGCCACUUUCAAAGAGACUCUGUGAAUGAGGCAUUCCACACAAAGUACAAAUACCAGAGCAGCACUACAGGAAGUGCUUUGUCAUGAAAGGUUUUGUUUUUCAUCAUUGAGCGGGUUUGAAUAUUAAUUUUUACAGAUGCAAAUGUAUUAAUGUAAAUGUGGCGAAUAAAUACAGAAAUUAGCAUUUUUUUUUUUGCUGUUCUGAUGCCCCACUGCGUGAUUCUUUGCGAUUUUAUUUUAAAGUCGCACUGAAUUUAUACAAUUCAUUAAAAUGUGAAAACGAUGGUGAGACUCACUGGACAAGAAAUUCAUUAAAGUAGUUUCUUAAACAGAAAUAUUAUUUAAACCUCAGUGAGAGUGUUUUUUUUA